UCCGGUCAUGUCCGUUCAGUAGAACACGUUUUGCCACAUGGUUUUGUCUCAAACAAAAAUGGAUCUAGAUUUUAGGUUGCUGUUUCCUGAAGAAUUCAUUAAACAAAUACUGGACGAAGGAUACAGAGAAGAUGGCCGCUCUCAUAAUCAAACUCGUUCAACCACUCUUACUGUCGGUUCGUUUAAAUCGGCUGAUGGAUCAGCUGUUGUUAGAAUUGGUGGUACUUGUGUAGCAUGUGGAGUGAAGGGGGAACUGGCUAAUCCUCGUGCCAUAUCACCAAAGGAUGGAUUUAUUGUUUUGAAUGUUGAAUAUUCAUUAGUUACUGGUAGCGAAAAGUUAGGUGCUAUAGGUGGAGGAGAAAAAUUCUUUUCGUCUCAAUCUCUCACACAAAUAAUCCAAGACAUUAUACACAGCUCAAAAUUUAUAAACCUUGAACACUUGUGCAUAGAGGAAGGGAAAAUUUGUUGGUCAUUGAAUGUUGAUGUGGUUGUUCUCAGUUGUGAUGGGCCAGUUAUUGAUGCCUGUGUAUUAGCAGCUGUAUCUGCACUUAAAAAUGCAACACUUCCAAGUGUUGAAAUAGAGUCAGAGAAACCCUUGGUCUCUAUGGCAACUAGAAACCACCUAAAGACAGGACAGUAUCCAUUAAUGACCUCAUUUGCUAUUCAUAAAAAGGAGGUAUCUGAUACUAAUAUUGGUGUAUUAGUUGAUCCUACUGAUGAUGAGGCUCAGUAUUGUACUGGUAUUGUAUGUAUAGCAGUAACUAAUGAUCAGAAAUUAACUGGACUAUAUAAAUAUGGUGGACCAGCUAUGACUAGUGAUGAUAUUCAAAAGUGUAUUAGGAAAGCAAAGAAACAAGCAACCAUAUUAGUGAAACUAAUUGAUAAUACUAUGAAAUGAUAAGUUGAUUUCUUGUAUGUAGUAGAUCUAUUAUAGUUUGCCCAUUUGUGAUUGUAUGGUCAAAAAGGUAGA